AACAGAGAGCUUCUUCCUCUGAGGUUUAACUGUGUUCGUCAAACAAUCGUAUGAGUUUAGCGCCUCCCGCUGGGCUGGAGCGAAGCGACGAGAGGAAGAAAGACCAGCGCUGCGUCCGAAAUCGUAUACUGCGUACUGGGUACUACAUUUGAAUUUGAAUGUUCUACUCGACCGUUAGAACAGAAUGUUCUAUAUAGUAUGAAUGUGGGUAGUAUGAAUGGAACUCGUGCAUAAUACAUCCUAAAUGUUGGUGUCGUCACGUGACGUGCUUCUUCACAACAGCGCGAAAAUGUAAAGAGCCCACUCGACUGCGCGAACAUCAGCAAUUGUUUAAUUAAUUAAUAUUAAUUAUUGUAGUUGUUACCGCUUUCAUCUGCGUUUUAACGUUGAUAGGAUCAACAGCUCAGAGGAGGAAUAGGUCAGCUGCUCGUAGAUCACGCCUUCGUCGACAGCUUAUACAAUGUUUAUAAAAUAACUUAAGUAUAAUCACCUAUAGCUUAAAAAUUUUACCUCAGAAUAAGAAGAGAUGUCUAUAAACACCGUGACAGAGUUUGAUUUAGAUCAACGAAAUUAAGUAGUUUAUUGUUAUGAAUAAUUAAAAAUACACAGGACAAACAAGACACGUGAAAAAAUGAAUAAACUUGAAUUAAUGCAUACAUAUAUAUAGAGAGAGAGAGAGAGAGAGAGAGAGAAAGAGAAUGAAUACAAUAUAUACUUACGUUAAAUAAAUAUUACAAAUAGAUACAAUAUAUACAAGAUAAAUAAUAUAUACAUAAUAUAAAAAAAAAAGUAAAUACACAUUUACAGACUGUGAGCCCUACAACCUACUGCCACCUGAAUGCUGCUGUGCCAAUGCUUCGACUAUACUUCGAAGAUGGAUCUGACCAUCGCCUCAGCCUCCGGCUUUCACGACAGUCCAUCAUGUCCAUCAUCGCUGCGUUGAAGUCAGACUCUGACCAUGGCUGGGAAAAGGAUAUUGAGGUGCUGUUGUUCCUGUACUGGCUGGCUCAUGCAGCAUCAUAUCGGGUUGUAUCUCGUCACUUUGGGGAGAGAAUUUAUCAAAGCCCACCUUGAGAGCAUUGAGAAUGACUAGAUAGACGAGUAGUAGACGAGAGUAUUCAGAUUAUAGCACAGAUUAUAGAUAAAUAGAUAGAUAGACUAGAUAUAUAGAUAGAUAGACAGACAAAUAGAUAGAGAGAUAUCGACCAACAGUGACCCAAACGCACUCACUUCCCUACAGCACAAGCUUUCCAACCCAGUUUAAAGCCCAUCUUUCAAGUUGAAGAUCAUUGUGAAUGAACGUGUAGAUAAAUAGUGUAGGAACUGGACUUCCGUUAAGAAAUUAAUCAUAAAUUGGCAUUAAAACAGUUUUUUAAAAGAAAUUGUGAUUAAAAUUACUUCCAUUGUGAAAAACGCUCUGAUCGGAAGUGACGCAACGGCUGGUAAACAUCGUCUCUUGGUAAUGGAGUCAGACAGUGAAGAGGUUGCAGUUGGCAUAAAUGUCAACUCUUACGAUGGGCCAUUGCCGUAUAAUUUCGAGCCGCCUAGACGAGAGAGUGGUCAGGUAGAGUUAAGGGGAAGGGUAAAUGGACAGAGGAGAGAGAUAGAGUCGUGGUGUGAGGAGAAUCGGUUGAGAAUUGGGCAGGUGUCUUGGUGAGUGACAACAGGCGAUAGCUAAUUGUGGCUAACGUUGUCUCCAUGUUUAUCACAUUGCAGUAUCUUUAAUAAAUCAUAUUUAGCAAUAUUGCUGUCGACUUUGUUGUUUUUCAAGCAUCCAUGUAGAUUGUCACCAUCUAUGCCAGCAACAUGUGUCUUAAAAUAAUUAAUUUAGAUCCCAGAUUUUAAAUGAAUGUUGUAGGAUGUAGGCUAUAGCUUACAUCUGUGACGGUCAGCUAGUCUGGAUAGGGAUAGAAAUUCUGUGCAUUUCUACACAACAUAGUUUAUCGUGACAUUUUGUAGAAAUAGACUACUUGCACGUAGAUUCGUGACGUACUUCCGCUUUGAAGUAAUAGAGCUCGCUGAGUUCCGGUUGUCGGCCAUUGUUUUGCCGUUUGGAGAAAAUGUUACAAAAAAGUGUGUUUAUAGAUUUCAGAGACAGGAGAAGGUAUAGAGCGCAUACUGUUGUGUUCCGCUAUGUACAUCUUCUGCAAAGUUCAACGGAACUUUAAGUUUUCACAGUUUUCCUGCAGAUGUCGACCUUAGAAAACGGUGGCUUGUGAACAUACGUCGAGACGAUUUUUGUCCUACCAGCAAUUCUAAGGUUUGCAGUAAACAUUUUAGCAUUGAUCAGUUUAGUGAACCGCAAACACCAGAGGCACGGAGAAAGUUAGUAACUGGUGCUGUGCCAGUGCUCUUUGCCUGGAAUAAUUACACAGUUAAAGCACUGUGGCCCAGUGUGUGGGAGAGGAAAGAGAGGCCUGCCGAAGUGGUAUCCGCUGAACCCUUACCCAUGGAUGUAACGAUGGAUCAUGAUUACUGUAGCAUUCCUGAGCCUUCUUCAUUAGACCUGGCAUGUACUAAAGUAGAAGAACUCUCUAAUGAAGUGGAGGAACUGAAAAAACAGCUACAUGAGCUACACGUUCAGCGUGGUUUCGGAUUGGAGCGGUUUGCCGGAUCAGAUGAGGACAUCAGAUUUUACACAAGGUUUCCCAGCUACCGUCACCUGAUGUCGUUCUGGUGGCUUAUAGAGCCAUCCAUACACAAAAUCAUUCGUGUGUCCAGAUCGAAAUCUGCUGCCAGAAAGCAUGAAGAUGUCACACGUGUACUGCCACCAUCAGAGAGACAGCUGCUGCAGCCAAUUGAUGAGUUUUUUCUUUUCCUUAUCUACUUGUCAGUUGGUUUAAAGGAGAGAGACCUGGCACACCGAGUUCAUAUGCAUCCUUCCACAGUGAGCAGAAUAAUUUCGACGUGGACAAACUACCUCUAUACACUGCUGGGAUCAGUGUGUGUGUGGCUUUCAGCAGCUGAAGUGAAAUCUAACCUCCCUGAAGAGUUCACGGAUUUCCCAGACACACAGGUCAUCAUUGACUGCACUGAGAUCAGAUGUCAAACACAGUCCUCACCACUACUCCAAAGUGAAAUGUACUCAAAUUACAAAUCUCACUGCACAAUGAAAGGCCUCACUGGAAUAGCUCCUCAUGGACCAGUGACAUUUGUCUCUCAGCUUUAUGCUGGGUCAAUGAGUGACAUGGAGCUCUUUAAACAGUGUGGGAUAACAAAAAGACUGACAGAAGACAUGGCAGUUAUGGUUGAUAAAGGCUUUUUGAUUAGUGACUGUGUCAGUUGCAAAGUGUACUGUCCACCGUUUCUCUCCAGGUUAAAGCAGAUGCCAGCACAUCAGGUGAAAGAAACACAAGCAAUAACUAGACUGCGUGUGCAUGUGGAACGAGUCAUUAGGAGGAUCAAACAAAACAAACUUUUUGAUUGUGUCAUCACCCUUUCCCACAGUGUUAACAUUAAUCAAUGUUUUACAGUCGCAUAUCUGUUGUCAAAUUACUCUUAUAUGACAAAUAACUCUUAUAUGACUGUUUACUUUGAGUACUGGUAUGCUAUUUUACAUUUAUGGCUUACUUUAACUCAGUGAUCCUCAAAUAUGGCUCGCGAGACUUUCCUGCAUGCUAAUCAAUGUCUUUAGGAUCAUUAGAAAAUCACAGGCAGGUGUGUUUGAUUAUGGUUACAGUGAAAAUCUGAAGGAAAGUGGAUCUCGCGACCCAGAUUUGAGGAUCACUGCUUUAACUGUUACUGUUUUAUUGCCAUUUUUUAUGUUAACUCUGAAUCGGUUUAUUUAAAAAAAAAACUUAUGACAAGAAAGAUAAAUGAAAUUUACUGUAAAUGAAACUGGCAUUGUACAAAUAAGAGAAUGGAAUUGAACAUAAGAAACAGACAUCGUACAAAUAAACAUUUUA